AUGUAUGGCGCCCCCCCGGAGUGGCCGCGCCGCCUCGCCUCCCGCUUCGUGCCGCUGGGCCCAGAUCCGGCAGCGGAGGCGUUCCUGCGGAGCGUACCGCGGGCAUCGGUGGCGAGAACUUUGGCACACCAUGCCCUCUGCGGGUUGCCGCUGGACGACUUCGACGUGAACGCGUGGCUGGGCAUCGUGUACCCGCUGCACUUGCUGACGAACGCUCAGCUCCGGGCGCUGUUCGCCGCCGCUGCUCUGCCGACGCCCCUGAGCAGGGCCCUGGACGACGUCGGGGCCGGCGAGGGGUCGGUCACCGCGGAGCUGCGCCCGCUGUGCGCGAGGCUGGUGGCGGCCGAGACGUCGCGGGGCAUGGCGGCCCGCUUGCGGCGGGCGGGGCUCGAGGUGUGGGAGGAGGACCUGGCCGAGUCGGCAGCCGCCCGCGUGCGCGCGGGUCACGGCGGCUUCUCGCUGGUGGCGCUGCUAAACGUGCUGGACCGGUGCUCCAGGCCCCGCGGGCUCCUGUCCGCGGCUCACUGCCUCCUAGGCCCGAGCCCCUCGUGGCUGUUGUUGGCCACGCCGCUGCCCUUCCGGCCCGCCUACUUCGGGCCCGACACCCGCUGGAGCGGCCGCCCGGUGGAGCCGUUUCUCGAGGCGCCCGCGCCGGGUGCCCCCGAGGCCAGCUGGGCCAGUGAGGCGGAGCAGAUCCUCGACGGCGCCCUGCCCAGGGCCGGCUUCGAGCCGCGGGCCAUCAGCCGCGUGCCGUACCUGUGCGGGGGCGACGCGUUCGCGCCAGCUUCGGAGCUGGACGCGCUGGUCGUGCUCGCGGAACGAGCGAUCAGAAGCGGGGGGAACGCGGAGGAUGCCUGA